AUGUCGAAUUUUGUUCCGACGGACAGCUCUCAACAGCCUUCAGGCUGCACACCACUGCCUUCUGUCACUGCAGUGACAUCAUCCGAGUCCGACGUGCAAUUCUCUGCUUUGUCGGACGUCACGCAUCCCUGCACCCAGGUGUUGCCCCCCUUCUGCAACCCCCAGCAUGGCUAUGCUGUCCUACCACCAUCUUUGCCUUUCUCUCGCACCACUAACUGGGAGGCCCGACUACGUGACGACUGCCGCAAGCAGUUUCACGCUCGACUCGAGUGUCGAAAGCUCAAUGAUCCUUACAGUAAGAUAGCCUGUCGAGAACGCACUCACGCAUUGGAGCAGUAUAUCCAUGAUGUCUCCAAGAGCACUGCAAAGAUACGACAAUCCAUGGAGAGGAGCAAAGAGGAGCAUGAGCACUGGAUGAGGAAGCAGGAGAAGAAGUUGCAGAAGAUUGUUGAUGUUCGUCUAGCAAAAGAACAGAGGGAGAAGGAUUGUGCAGAUCAACAAGACUGGCAAGAGUUCAUUAGCAGGGGAUGGGAGAACGGGAGAACAGGGGACGGGAGACGGGAGACGGGAGACGGGAGACGGGAGACGGGAGACGGGAGACGGGAGACGGGAGACGGGAGACGGGAGACGGGAGACGGGAGACGGGAGACGGGAGACGGGAGACGGGAGACGGGAGACGGGAGACGGGAGACGGGAGACGGGAGACGGGAGACGGGAGACGGGAGACGGGAGACGGGAGAACAGGAGAACAGGAGGACGGGGGGAUGGGGAAAUAUGAGACGGGAGGCGGGAGAAUAG